AUGUUCAAGGGUAAGUGGCAUGGGGAAAAUAUCACAAAAAUUAAAGAACAAGAACUUCGAAAGAAGUGUCAGGAUCUUCUCCCUUGCACAAUAUUGUACUUUUAUACUUUAGAGCUGGUUCGGGAAGAGCAAAAAAAAACAAGAGAAGGGAAAGAAAAAAGUACUCAUCAAAAAAUGGCCUUUCCUAAUGAAAAUGAUCACGAAAGUGUAGCUGCUCGCAAAAAAACAGUCAAGAGGAUCAGUAUUAUUGCUAUUUCCUCCAUAGUUUUUGUUGGUUGUACUGUGGCUGCUAUAGUUGGAAUAACACUUGGCAAAAACAAUGGAAAAAACAAUGGCAGUGAAUCAAAGUCUUUUUCCACAGCCAUCAAAGCUGUUUGUGACAUAACAUUGUACCCUCAAUCAUGUUACAACAGCCUUGGCCCUCUAGCCACAUCAGACAACCUUAAACCUCAAGAUAUUUACAAAUUAUCCGUCCAAGUUGCUGUCAACGAGUUGUCUAGAGCAUCGGAUGAGUUCUUCAAUUUACCAGAAUUGAAGAACAUUUCCGAUCCUAUGACUGUUAAGGCCUUACAAAGUUGUCAUGAUCUUCUCUCACUUGCACUAGAUAGUCUGAAUGAAUCACUUUCGAUCCCCAAAAAGUCGUUGUCUGACGCGUUUUCUGAUCUCAAGACGAGUCUGAGUGCAGCUGGAACUUACCAGCAAACAUGCAUCGAUGGUUUUGGAAAUAUAACUUAUGCUUUUGCUAGUAUUGCUUCACAUAACCUUAAGAAUUCAGCGGAGUAUACUAGUAACAGCUUGGCUAUCAUUGAUAAUAUCAAUCAAUCGAUUCAGAAUUCAAUGGACUCGAUUAAUUCAUUGGGUGGAAUUGGAAGAAGGCGUCUUUUGACUAAUCUUGAUGGAGAUUUUCCAAGCUGGAUGGGUUCAAAAGUUAGGAAAUUGCUUCAAUCUUCAAAGGGGAAUAAUUUGAAGGUGGAUGUUGUGGUAGCUAAAGAUGGCACAGGGCAUUUUAGGAGUAUUGGUGAGGCUCUUGAGGUUGUGCCUGAGAAGAGUGAAAAGAGGAUUGUGAUAUAUGUGAAGAAGGGUGUUUAUGUUGAGAAUGUUAGGGUUGAGAAGAAGAAAUGGAAUGUGAUGAUGGUUGGUGAUGGCAUGGAUGCUACCAUUGUUUCUGGCUCUCUUAACUUUAUAGAUGGCACUCCCACUUUCCAAACUGCAACUUUUGCUGUGUUUGGCCAGGGAUUUAUCGCUCGUGAUAUGGGGUUCCGCAACACAGCAGGUGCAGCCAAGCAUCAAGCAGUGGCUCUAAUGUCAACUGCUGAUCUCUCUGUCUUUUAUCGCUGCAAAUUCGACGCGUACCAAGACACACUCUACCCACACUCCAAUCGCCAAUUCUACAGAGAAUGCGCUAUCUAUGGCACAGUAGACUUCAUAUUUGGAAACUCAGCAGUUGUUUUCCAGAACUGCCUCAUACUUCCUAAGAAACCAAUGCCUGGCCAGCAGAUCACCAUCACAGCUCAAGGCAAAAUCGACCCUAAUCAAAACACUGGCCUUGCUUUUCAGAAUUGCACUGUUUGGCCCUCAGCUAACCUUACUGGAGUCAAUACUUUCUUGGGUAGGCCAUGGAAGAACUAUUCCACAACCGUUUUUAUGCAUACAACAAUGGCUAGCUUUAUUGAUCCUAAAGGAUGGUUGCCUUGGGUGGGUAAUACAGCACCAGAUACUAUUUUCUAUGCUGAGUACAAAAACUUUGGCCCUGGGGCUGUGACUAAAAAUAGAGUCACCUGGAAGGGAUUGAAAUUGAACAUUACUAGUAAAGAAGCUAACAAGUUUUCUGUGAAGCAGUUCGUUCAGGGUGACAAAUGGCUCCCAUCAACUGGAGUCACCUUCAAGAAGGAUAUCUGA